AUGAAAGAACUCUACACCGAGACCUCUCAAUACCGUAAUUGGAAUUUCACAAGGGAGAAGCUACGAGAAACUCGUGAAAUUAAUCAUAAACUGGCCGUAGAAAGAGUGAAGAAAAAGAUAGUAGAGGAAUCACAACUUUCAGACACUUCACCUUCACACAGAGAGCAGUCGGAACGCGUAAAUUCCCCGAAGCCAGAGGUGGAGUGCCUAACCUUGGAAGACGAAUUGGCUUUAUGCAAAUUUUAUGAAAAUCAGAUACUUGCGAUGAUCAAUCAGUUUGCUAAUGAAAUUCGAGAUACUAAAUUCACCGAUAAAGUUUGG